AUGUUACUGUUGUUUGAAACGCCGGCGGGUUUUGCUCUUUUCAAAGUAUUGGAUGAAUUCAAGCUCUCUAAAGUAGAGGACUUAUGGAAGGAAUUUUCCACUGCUGACUCUGCUCGACAUGUCGAUACAAUGAUCAUACAAGCCAUUAGCUUGUUGGAUGACCUUGACAAAGAGCUGAACACGUAUGCAAUGAGAGUAAGGGAAUGGUAUGGUUGGCAUUUUCCAGAACUUGCAAAGAUUGUGCAAGACAAUAUCCUUUAUGCCAAGACAGUGAAGUUGAUGGGUAACCGUACAAAUGCUGCAAAACUUGAUUUCUCUGAGAUACUUCCAGAAGAGGUCGAGACAGAACUGAAAGAAGCAGCCAUGAUUUCCAUGGGAACUGAAGUUAGUGAUCUUGAUUUGGAAAAUAUCAAAGAUUUGUGCAACCAAGUUCUCUCAUUGGCAGAAUACAGAGCUCAGUUGUUUGAUUAUCUAAAAAGCAGGAUGAACACCAUUGCUCCAAAUCUCACUGCUCUUGUUGGAGAGCUUGUUGGUGCUCGCCUUAUCGCUCAUGGAGGCAGCUUGUUGAAUCUUGCUAAGCAACCUGGAAGUACGGUCCAGAUACUUGGUGCAGAAAAGGCUCUUUUUAGAGCACUGAAAACAAAGCACGCAACUCCUAAAUAUGGCCUUAUAUACCAUGCAUCUUUAAUUGGUCAAGCAGCACCAAAACACAAGGGUAAAAUUUCUCGGUCUCUUGCUGCCAAAACUGCGUUGGCUGUUCGAUGUGAUGCUCUUGGAGACAGCCAAGAUAACUCACUGGGAAUGGAAAAGAGAUUAAAGGUAUUUCAGUUUCCAGAUUUAGGACAAGGAUAUAUGAUUUCUGUUUAUCGUUGA